UCUCGCGCAGAACAGUAAUUAGGUCACGGUAUCCAGUUCCGGCCUUUUCUUCCUAUCGAAUCACCAAAUGGCGGACGCAGCACCAGCCGGUGGUCCAGGAGGCCGUGGAGGUUUUCGUGGAGGUUUUGGUUCAGGUGACCGUGGACGUGGCCGCGGAAGAGGCAGGGGACGUGGUCGUGGUAGAGGCCGCGGAAGAGGUGGCAAGGAAGGAGAUAAAGAAUGGAUUCCUGUAACUAAACUUGGGAGACUGGUCAAGGAUGGCAAAAUCAAAACCCUGGAAGAAAUUUACUUGUUUUCUCUACCGAUUAAGGAAUUUGAAAUCAUUGACUUUUUCCUGGGUUCAGCUCUGAAGGAUGAGGUUCUGAAGAUUAUGCCUGUCCAGAAACAGACCCGUGCUGGACAAAGGACAAGAUUCAAGGCUUUUGUGGCAAUUGGAGACUUCAAUGGCCAUGUUGGUCUGGGUGUGAAGUGUUCCAAAGAGGUGGCUACAGCAAUCCGUGGAGCCAUCAUCUUGGCAAAGCUCUCAGUUAUCCCUGUACGCAGAGGAUACUGGGGGAACAAGCUGGGAAAACCGCAUACUGUGCCUUGCAAGGUGACUGGCAAAUGUGGUAGUGUACUUGUGCGUCUUAUCCCUGCUCCCCGUGGUACUGGCAUUGUGAGUGCCCCUGUCCCCAAGAAGUUACUGACCAUGUCUGGUAUUGAGGACUGUUACACCUCAGCCAGAGGACAGACGGCCACGCUUGGAAACUUUGCCAAGGCCACAUAUGAUGCUAUCUCCAAGACCUACAGCUACCUGACUCCAGAUCUCUGGAAGGAAACUGUCUUCACCAAGUCCCCAUACCAGGAGUUCACAGACUACCUGGCUAAGCAACACAAGACUGUGGGAGUGCAGCGCACUGAACAGAAAGUCUAUUAAAAUAGAUAUGACUUAAAAGCUUGUUGUUGUUUGAGAGACUUGGGAGGAAUUUCACAUUGACAUGUGAAUACAUCUGAACUUUUGGCUUUUUAAUGUGGAAAAAAUACGAAGAAAAAAGAGAAUAAAGUAAUGAAAAAACA